UUCAGCUGGUUGACGGAAAUCCCCUCAGAUAAGUCCCGCAAAUGGUCUUAUACCACUGAGAGCUGACAGAAGGCUCAACACACCGAAGCCAAGCGGCGCAACUCUGAAGAUGGCGAGGGGGUGUAAUGGUUAUCGAUCGCAGGGCGCGCGCCUCCUCUGUGCCGCAGGACCCCUGCUCUUUGCAGCUCUUCUCUGCACAACCUCCGGCAUAAACAUUGACCUCAAGACCCCGUCUAUCUACACCGGGCCAGAGGGGAGCUAUUUUGGGUUUUCGGUGGAUUUUUAUCAGACAAGUAACAACUUAGUUCAUGUGGUCGUUGGGGCUCCCAAGGCCAACACAAGCCAGCCUGGCGUGACAGAGGGGGGUUCAGUGUUCCUCUGCUCCUGGCCACCACAGGGAGGAACAUGUGAUGUUUUGCCUUUUGACAUGAAAGGUGAUGGUACUUACAAAUUUGGGCAUCUGACUUUAACAGAGCAUAAAUCCCACCAGUGGUUUGGAGCAAGUGUGCGAUCCAAACAAGAUCUCAUUGCGGCUUGUGCUCCUCUCUACGAAUGGAACGUCGAGGAUCUGGGCGACACUUCAGGAAAAACGCCAGUGGGGAUUUGCCAGAUCCUGGAUAUGAAGUCUAACACGUGGGCGGACUACUCCCCCUGCAGGAAGACCAACACAGAAACGUUCUACGACCACAACAGAUACCGUGGAGACCGCCGAUACUGUGAAGCUGGGUUUAGCUCUGAUAUUACACAGGAUGGGAAGAUUUUACUGGGGGCUCCUGGGGGCUAUUUCUUUCAAGGCCAGAUCAUCGCGGCCAACAUGUCGGAGAUCUUCAGAGUCUUCUCACCUCAAAAUCCAAUCCGCACCAUGAGUACAGAGACUCUCUCCUUGGAAUACCAGGAAAGCGAAUACGAUGAGUACUACGGCUACUCCACGGCAGUAGGAGAAUUCACAGGGGACUCAACGCCAGAUUAUGUAGUGGGCGUUCCAAAUGACAGACACACAGCUGGUUCUGUGAAAAUCUACAAUGGAAUGUCAUCUUACAUUUUGUAUAUAAUCCACACUUUCCACGGCACCCAGGUAGCGUCCUUCUUUGGUCAUAGUGUGGCUGUGACUGACAUUAACAAUGAUGGGAGAGACGACGUCUUGAUCGGGGCGCCUCUCUUCAUGGAGCACCAGUCAGACAAGAAGCUGCACGAGGUCGGCCAGGUGUCCCUGUUCCUGCAGCGGCAGCUCGGCGCUUUCUCCGAGAAGCCCACCCAGAGGCUGACGGGCGGGGCUGUGUACGGCCGGUUUGGGACGUCCAUCGCCCCCCUGGGAGAUAUCGAUCAGGAUGGCUUUAACGAUAUAGCUGUGGGGGCCCCCUUUUCCGCAGGAGAGGGGCGUGUGUUUAUCUUCAUGGGUCAGAGUGACGGGCUGAGGGCGCAGUACGCUCAGCUGCUCGAGAGCCCGUUCCCCUCACAUGCUUUGCCUGCAGCGUUUGGGUUCGCCCUGAGGGGAGGAACUGACAUCGAUGACAACGGCUACCCAGACCUCGUUGUUGGAGGGUGGGGUGCUGGCAGAGUUGCUGUGUACAGAUCCCUGGCAGUCAUUAGGGCCAAAGCCACCCUGUCCCUCAGCCCCAGUGUCCUCAAUCCUGAAGAAAAGAAAUGCCAUCUUCCAAAGACCAGCAUAUCUGUGUCCUGUUUUAACAUCACGAUGUGUGUAAGUGUGUCAGGGAAAAACAUACCAGAACAGAUAGACCUGGACACGGAGGUCAAUUUGGACCGAAUGAAACAGAGAUUGCACAGAAGGACUCUGUUCCUGGACUCUAACCAGCCACAGGAUCGAUUUAAUAUGUCUAUAAAGAGAAACACUGGAUUGAUGUGCAAGACCUUUACUGCAUACCUUAGGGACGAGUCGGAGCUGAGAGACAAGCUGAGCCCCAUUUUCAUCAGCCUGAAUUAUAGCUUCGUUGACUCUCGCUCGCCAGUGGCUGUUCUGCAUGGGCAGAAGGCUGCAGUCGUCCAGACUCGGAUUGUCCUGGACUGCGGCCCUGAUAACAUUUGCAUUCCAGACCUGAGGCUCUCUGCUGCCAUGCAGAUGGAGCGACUUCUAAUCGGAGAUGACAACCCAGUGCUGCUGACCAUCGGCGCAGAGAACCGGGGGGAGGGAGCCUAUGAGACAGAGCUGUACAUCUGGCCCCCACCUCACACACAUUACCAGGGCGUGCUAAGGCAAAGAGAGGGUUUCAGCGGGCUGAUGUGUAAUCAGAAGAAGGAGAACAGGACGGUGGUGGUGAUGUGCAAUUUGGGGAACCCAAUGAAAACAGGGGAGAAGCUGAACGCGGGUCUCUACUUCAGUGUCGGCAACUUGGAAGAGGCGGGGAGCAGCGUGUUGUUUCAAUUGCAGAUAAAAAGCAAAAACAGUCAAAGUCCAAACAGCAACAUGGUCUCUCUGAGAGUCAAUGUCAGCGCAGUGGCCCAUCUGGAAUUACGAGGGGGUUCUUCUCCAGCUGAGCAGGUCCUGCCUAUAGCAAAGUGGGAGCCAAAGGAACCCCCUCAAGUCAUCGAUGACAUCGGACCACUGGUGGAGCAUGUGUAUGAACUACAAAACCUGGGCCCGAGCACAGUCAAUGCCAGAGUGGAGGUGGAGUUCCCCACUCAUUACCAGGGCGAGCUCCUGCUCUACGUCUUUGCCAACGCCUCCGAGGAGCACCUGACGUGCUUCUCCGCCUCUCCCGAGAUCGACACUCUGAAACUGGUGAAGCCCUCUCCUCUGAAUAAAACCCUGGCUGAUCACCCUCAUCGCAUCAACAAGCGACAGGCUGAGGUUCCUGGGCCUCAGCGCAAGGACCCUGUUCAUGUGAACUGCUCAACCGCUGUGUGCCUGACCUUCUCCUGUGAGGCCGUGGGGCUGGAGAGAGGCAGGAGUGCUGUGGUCAAGAUCAUGUCCAGACUCUGGGUCCAGAGCUUUCUGAAGAGACCCUAUGAGGACUUCUUCCUGCAGUCCGUAGCCACUUACACUGUGUACAGCAUGCCAUAUAAGGUCAAGCCGGAGGUGCUUCCCAGUGGAUCUGCUGAGACGCAGACAGCGGUGGAGUGGCGAGCUUUGGAGGGGGAGAAGGAGGUGCCAGUCUGGUGGAUCGUCGUGGCCAUCGUCGCUGGGCUCUUCCUGCUGGCUCUCUUCAGUUUCAUCUUCUGGAAGCUUGGCUUUUUCAAACGGAACCGGCCCCCGAAGGAAGACACACAGGAGCUCAAACCUGAGCAGUCGGAGUACGCAGAGAUGCCUCAGUCUGGACAUUAACAGAGUGCCGAGCUUCCCGACACUGAGUUCAUACCUCAGAAGAACCAGUUAGAAGGCAGGUGAGGAGCAGGAGCACACUAAUGGGAUUUGAUGGAGCAUUGACUUGCUCAGAUUUAUAGUAUCCAGCCAAAACACAGACCGACAGCACUCUGAACAGUUACUAUAGAAUAUAUUAACUUGCAUACAGAGCAAUAAAAAGCCAAAUUUCAUCACUCAUGGGCUCUAAUCAUGUUUCUUCAUUUUUUUCCUUUCCUUUGUGUCAAAAGUUAAAAGGUACACUUCUGUAACACUUCUGUUCUGAUGCUUUCCUAUAAUACUAUCACAGUGUUUAAACUCUGUAUGUUCACUGACGUCUUCAUAUAUUACAGUUCAUUCCGGUUUGCAAAUAAAUAUUGCUUCACAUUGCUUUCAGUAUGUUUUGAUGCAGAGAAUAUAUAACCUUUUAUGCUCUUUCAUUGUUACCUUCUUGAUAAUGUUAUCUUUAAAAAUAUAUUUUACUUUUUUAGGUUUUCAAACAUUUUAGAUUUUUGUUUAAAUUGUGAAGUAAUUUGACAUAUGGAAGUUUAUCCAGUGGGCUUUUGGGGUGAAGAGUUAAGUUUUCAGGUCUAACCUGUCACCUUCAUAAUGCUAUGAAUUGAAUUUGCUGUUGAACACGUUGCCUGUUAAAUUCUCACCUUGUGACUUUGUAGAUUAGUUCAGCAUUUAAUUGCACUGUGAUGAUAGCUUUGCAUUACCAAAAGCUGUCUCCUGGUUUGUCUAUUAAAGAGUACUCCUGAGUAUUCAGCAGCAUCAAUAAGGAGUCUAAAGGUUUUGCUAGAUCUACUCCAGUAGCUGUGAUCAGUGCACUUCUCUGUAACGUUCAAGUCUGAAUAGCCCUGAUUCUUAUUAUUCUGUAUGAUGUACUGUAUAAAUUAAAUGUAUUAUUAUUAUAAUUCAUGUGAACUCACAAUGUGUGUU